GGAGGUCUGAUCACAAGGACAAAAUAUUGAAUUUGACGUAACAAACACAAAGAAGCAAAUGAUAGGAAAAGUAGGAAACAAUUAGUUAUUUAUUGUUUGCAGGUUAAAUAAGGAUUAGCCACUCUUUUCAUAUAGCUAUAACUCGUUAUUCGGCGCCAAGUUUUUGAACAAUUAAGACUUGAAGCAAGCCGUGAAUUGAGAGACAUGGCGAAGGAUGAAUAACAAAGAAGGUCAUGUUUUUAUCAAGCACCAAGAUCAGGUUAAAGUGACGAUUGGUGAGAGAUAUUAAUUGGAGAUGAAAUUCACGGAGCAUCUAGGGGCCCAUCUAACCCCUGAAUGGCGGAGUCAGUACAUUCAGUAUGAGGAAUUGAAAAAAAUACUGUAUGAUGCAGAUGAACAUGCACCUCCUAAGGAUGGUGUCAAUGAAGAAAUACUGAGAAGACAUUAUGCAAAAUACGAGGAAGGAUUUUUCGUGUUCUGUGAUAAAGAGCUUUCAAAAGUCAGCACAUUCUUUGCUGAGAAACUUGCUGAAGCAACAAGAAGAUUUCAUGAUCUGGAAACUGAAAUUGGCACAACAAGUCAGGUGAAAGAUUCUACAGAACAAGAUAUUGAAAGAGGAGCAAAUGUAAACACAAAUGUUGGUGAAGAUGGGACAACUUUGAUAACAAAAAUAAAAUCUAAGAAGCAAAAAUCAAGGGGAGCAAAAAAGUUGAAGGAACUGAAAUUUGCUGUCAGUGAAUUUUACCUUAGCCUCAUACUUAUCCAGAAUUUUCAAGAACUCAAUUUCACUGGUUUUAGAAAGAUACUCAAAAAGCAUGACAAGAUGUUUCAAACAGAAAGUGGGGUGCAAUACAGAAAAGAGAAAGUCGAGACAGCCCCAUUCUUCACAAAUAAGCUUGUUGCAGAGCUGAUCUUGGAAACAGAGGGUAUUUUCAUAAAUGAACUGGAAGGGGGUGAUAGAGGUAAAGCGAUGAAGAGGCUGAGGGUGCCACCCCUUGGAGAAAAGCAAACAAAUUACUCGGCCUUCUUUUGGGGUCUAUUUUCUGGAAUCUUUUUUGUUCUUCUUGUCGUGGUAAUAAUAACUGCAUACUACAAACGACCAAAGAAAAAUUGGCAGCCUGCAUUGAGAAUGUACCGUGGCUGGUUCUUAAUCGUUACCAUGAUAGGCCUACUUGGAAUAAACAUUUAUGGCUGGAGCAAGGCUGGCGUUAAUCACAUACUGAUAUUUGAGCUGAACCCAAGAGAUCAUCUUACGUUUAUAGAUUUACUCAAGGUAGCGUCUUUGUUUGGCUCACUGCUCUGCCUUAGCGCGCUGGCCUUUCUCUUCAGCGCGGAUUUUCACUUGCCGCAGUUCGCCCAACCGCUAGUCCUCACUGGCUUCAUCAUUUUGUUUCUGUUAAAUCCAACCAAAACAUUUCAUUACACUGCACGAUUUUGGUUCAUCAAAGUGAUGAUACGAAUAAUUGGCGCGCCAUUAUUUCAAGUUCGAUUCGCCGAUUUCUGGCUGGCUGAUCAGCUGAACAGUAUGGUUGUGCCUCUGCUUGAUUUCCAAUACAUGAUCUGCUUCUAUGCCUACGACUGGCACCGUCCAGAUGCGGAGUGGCAAUGCACAAAUCCACAGAAUGUUGUGCGCCCACUUGUUGCCAUCUUGCCGGCAUGGUGGCGCUUGGCACAGUGCCUCCGCAGGUACAAGGAUACUAGAGAUGCUUGGCCACAUCUUGUCAAUGCUGGGAAAUAUUCAACAUCAAUUUUUGUUACAAUCUUUUCUACUAUAGCUGCUAUUCACAAAGCAAAAACGGGUGAAAACCAAUCGGGUGCGUUGUUCUAUGUGUGGAUUGGGUCGCUGAUAUUCAGUACAUUUUACACGUUGUUUUGGGACAUUCGAAUGGAUUGGGGGCUGCUUGACAAGAAUGCCGGUGACAAUUUCUUAUUGCGUGAACAAAUAGUUUACGAUAGCAAGAUAUUCUAUUACCUCGCGGCCUUCGCGGACAUGAUUUUUCGCUUCAUGUGGACGCUCACGGUCUCCGUUGGCGAAGCGGGAUUCAUCACAAGCGAACUUUUUGUCCUUUUUAUCGCAACUUGUGAGGUGUUCAGACGUUUCGUGUGGAACUUUUUCCGACUAGAAAAUGAACACUUGAACAACUGUGGUCAUUUCCGUGCUGUGAGAGACAUUUCAGUAAAGCCGGUUGAAACAGAUAUAAAAGACGAACUGACAAUUGAGCAGUGGAUGGACCAUGAGCACGGGCCGUUACCUAAACGCCUUCUGGUCAAUCUUUUAUUGAAUGACGCAAAGCAGCCUAGUGAAGGCGAGGCCUGCUCAUCGAAUAUGCAAGAGGAGCGCUAGUUGCUACAAUCAAGCCCUGAGAGUCAAGCCGCGGGAGUCAAGCCGCGGGAGUCAAGCCGCGGGAGUCAAGCCGCGGGAGUCAAGCCGUGGGAGUCAAGCCGCGGGAGUCAAGCCGUGGGAGUCAUGCGCGAUUUCAAAUCUAGUUAUUUUGAUAAUGUAUUUAUACCCCGAUUAUUGUAGAAAUGAACAGGCUCAAGACAUGUAAUGGAUGACCAACCCCCGUCAUUUCAAUCAAGAGUACAUGUGCUCUGAAUGCUAUCACUGUUGCGCAUGCUCUAUCGCCUGCAAAGCAAUUGACAAAAAGAAAAACUGGGGCUGUUAUGUUAGGCCUGGUGGAUACGCGAAUGUCUUUGAAUUUUUCUGUUGUCAGGCAUUGUGCCUUAGAUUGGUAUAAUUUAAGCAAGAAGAAUGCUUAAAUUGAUUCCCCUUGUUACAUUCUACACUACUGGAUAAAACUCAUUAUUUUCCAUAACUAGAACUAAAACUCAUUUUUCCUCCUUGACAACAACAACUCCCAACGCAUCAUCAUCCAGCGUCCCUAUGAACCCCACUCUCCCCUUGUUGUUUUGUUUUGUGCGCAAAAUUAAGAAGUCGCAUUUUAUAUUAUGCAGUUAUUCUGGUAACGAUAUUGUGUCGAUCAAUAUUAUGAUUUUGCAGUAUUUUUAUUAUCUAAUAGCUCAUCAAAAUCUUUUUACAACAAACUGCAACUAUUUGUUUCAAAAUUUCGUAUAAUUUAUCUAGAUUUUGGUGUUAUAUUGUUGAUAAAUAGAGUUUAUUGGAAUUUUUGAAAAGGAAUUUUCA